UGUCGCAAUAGGAAAAUACCAAUUUCCUUUCCUCACGGUUUGAUUAUAGCUCCCCGAAUGGUAAGAAUGAGUGCAUAACUCAAAAUGAAUGACUACGACAUGAUGGACACACCUGUACUGAGACGGAGAAUGAAGAAACCGACUACCCCUAAGGCAGGUCGGAGCAUGCGAGGGAACCCAGAAGGCAACAGCAUAAUAUACAAAGAUAAGGUGAAAUUAUCAACUGCCCAUCCAAGCUCAGAUGACAGCGGUUUGUCCACACUGAGGAAAAGAAAGAAGAAACAAACGGAAGACGACACAUAUGCCGAAAUUGAAGAAAAACACAUGAGGAGGAGAUCACAAGGUUCAAACUUUUCCAAUGUCAGUUCCAGUAGUUUAGAAGAAAUGACACCCGAUACUCUGAGUCAGAUAAGUUCUAUAAUGGCUGUCCCAGAUGUCACAGUCAAUUCCACAUUGUCUCGCUUAAAGAAACCUCGUGCAGGACGUGGCGAUGUGACCUGGGAGAAGGCUGUGAACCAUGCUCGUGGGGCUCCUGAUGGAGCGGAAAGGUCCUUCCAUGCCAAGAAGAUGAGCAAGGUGUCAAUUAUAGAAGAGGUCCCCACUCCAGUUGUGAAAAAAGACUCUCCAACGAAGGAAAACAAACCUAUAACACAAGGGAAACCUGUCGAAAGAAAGAAGUCAAUAAAGGUUCAGCUGAAGAAUGCAGCAAAUCGCCUAAAAUCUUUAAAAAGUAAAGGCAAAUUGGACACAAGUAGAGAGAGCCGCAAGCGCAAGUUAGAUAUAUCACUUCCAGACGAGAGCACAAUUGCCAUGAAGAAACCUAAAGACAAAGACAUGUCAUGGAAGGAGAGGAGACAACAGAGGAAGAUGACUAAAAACAACUAUGACCUAAUCAUGAAGGCCAAGAAGUUGUGGGAGGAUAUGCGGAGGCAUGCCCUACCUGACGACCAGCGACAGAAACUGUGCCAGGAGGUGUUCAACAUGGUCAGGGGGAAGGUGCAUGAAAUGUCCAUGGCUCAUGACACAGCACGUGUGGUUCAGUGUCUGGUGCAGUACGGCAACCCUGAACACAGGACGUCCGUCAUGGAGGAGAUUAAAGAUGAAAUAGUUUCAAUGUGCAAAUCAAAAUAUGCCAAGUUUGUGAUCAGGAAAAUCUUGAAGUAUGGCUCCAAACAACAGCGUAACUUUAUGUUCAAGACAUUCCAUGGUAAUGUUCGGAAGUUGAUAAGGCACAGGGAAGCGGUGGAAAUCUUGGAAUUUGCAUACAAUGACUACGACGCUCCACAGCGCUUGUCUAUGAUGGAGGAGUUCUAUGGACCAAGCUUCACUUUGUUUAAGAAUCACGACACCAAGUCCCUGGAACAGAUCAUGCUGGAACAGCCAGACAAGAAGGACAUGAUCCUCAGUAACAUGAAGGAGGCUCUCCUCCCUCUCAUUGACAAGGACAUAUUGGCUCACUCCAUGGUGCACAAGAUCUUCCAUGACUUCUUCCACUAUGCCACUGACAAGAUGAGAUCAGAAAUGAUCGAGUGUCUCCGGGAGCAGCUGAUCACAAUGAUACACACGCGGGAUGGGUCAAGGGUCGCAAUGAACUGCGUCUGGUUCGGCACUGUCAAGGAUCGGAAGGUAAUUCUCAAGAGUCUCAAGACCCAUAUCGCACGCAUCAGCCAGGAUGAGUAUGGUCACAUGGUCUUGCUGGCGAUCUUUGACGUUGUGGACGACACGAAGUUUGUCUCCAAGGUCAUUCUGGAGGAGUUGUUGAAGAGUUUGAGUCAGGUAGCGGAGAACCAGUACGGCCGGAAGGUGUUGCUGUAUCUGUUGUCUCCACGGGACCCACUCCACUUCCAUCCUGACAUCGUACACAUCCUGCAGCGUGGGGACGCCAACACCACCAGUAAAAAAGAUGGUCACAUACGUCACCGGGAGUUGCUAGAUUUUGUGUCCAAACCCCUUCUACAGUACAUCGUUGACAACGCUGCCAACCUCGCCAUCAACAACGCUGCACUGCUAAUGAUACUGGGCAUCAUCACACAUGCUAAAGGUGACCCCUCGGAUGCGAUGACAGCCAUUGCUAAGAUCGCUGCACAGCCGUUCUCUGCAUCCAAGGGAGAGAACCAGCACAUGGUGGAGCACCCUGCUGGCCACCUGACUCUCAAGAGGCUGAUCCUCAACGACAAGGAGAGGAGCACGGAGGACGAGUGUGCAGUGCUGUUCUCCAACAUACUGCUGUCGGUCCUGGUGGAGGGGACUCUCAAGUCCUGGGCGGCCUGCAACAGGGGCUGCUUCACCCUCAUCAGUCUGCUGGAGUUGGACGACAUUGAGGUAACGUCCCAGGUGAGGCAGCAGCUGAGCGGCAUCAAGAAGUCGCUGAGGAAGAUGACAUUCAAGGGGGCACAGAUACUGCUGCAGAAACUGGAGGGGAUGUCGUCACCGCCGAGGCCCCAGAUGAUUGACUUGUGAGAGAUAACCAUCAGAGACUCAACUUGUUGGGAGAACAGCAGACUUGAUAGACAACCAGACAUUGGGGGAGGAGAGCUAGUAACUCGGACUUCUGACCCUUGGCAGCAACUUGGAACUGGGGGCUAUGUAGCUAUGUACAAUGGAAGUCCACCGUAGGGUGGAUAGCUUUUGGUAGAACUUUAAUGGGCCAGAGUACUAUCAAAACAAUCUUUAAUAGUAACUGGACUUAAUCCAAUCAUCAGUAACCCAUACUUGUCAUAAGAGGCGACUAACCAGAUCGGGUGGUCAGGCUCGCUGACUUGGUUGACACAUGUAUUGUAUCCCAAUUGCGUAGAUCAAUACUGGAUUGUCUGGUCCAGGCUCAAGUAUUUCUGGACCGCCGCCAUAUAGCUAGAAUAUUGCUGAGUGAGGCGUAAAACUAAACGCACUCAUUCACUCAAUGUCAUUCCAGCCAGUCUACAUGCAAGUGGGAGGGCUGUAUGUCGCCUUCGUUUUCCAACUCAAAAUGUAUCAACUUGAGAUGCAUCAACAGGCUGUUCUUCUCAUGACGUGGGUUACUUUUGAAGAUGAAGGCAGUUUCAGUUGGAUAAUUUGUGAUGAUCAUUCUUUCCAGCUUGUCAAGAUGUACGGCUAAGUUUGCUCGCUUUUUUUUUGCAAGAUGUCAGUGAUUUAGAGGAAUAUGCAAUGUAGCCUUUGGGUAUUUGAAAGUAUAAAGGCACUUCUUGAACACUGUAUGUCGGAAUAUUCUUCAUCUUUAUCCAGUGUGUUUUGUGUUAUUUAUGUUUCACUGAUUAUAUAACCAAAAAUGGUCAAUGUAAUUGAAUCGAUUUCUAUGAGAUGUCUUCAUUUUGUAUGCAUCUAAAUCAUGUAUGUAUUUUCCGAUGGAAUAGUAAUACUUGAUAUUUUAGUUGGUAACAUUUUAAAGCAGGUGUUGACAAUUUGAGUUUUAGUGUCUACAUAUGUUAUUAUUUUUGAGAUGUGUAGGGCAACAAGUGGAGGAUUUUUGUAUGCUCAAGAUCAGUUUUAAAGUUAAAGAUAAAUUUGAAAAUCCCUUUCUGAUGUUGAACUGAGAAUCUGCUUAUAUAAAUAUUAUUAUAUUACUUCUUAUUCCUUUGGAUGUAUGGGAAUCAUUGUUACUGUAUGUGCAGUAAUAAAUGGUUUUGGUACUACCAAAAGUUUCAGGGAUCGAGCAGGACACGAUCAAACCCACUUAGUUCAGAAGUUGUUGAAUCUGUUUUGAAAAUAGUUACAAGGCAUUUUGAUGUCCAUUCUUCUCAAUAUAAACUGUAAUCUACACAAGAAACUAGGAGCCAGUUUUAAGGUUACUAGGGAAUGUUCAUACAGUACUUACACAUGACAUUCAAUUGAACAGGGCACAUAAUUAUCCCAAAUUUGUUUUUAACUAUGUUUGAAGCUGUUGAUUUGUUUCCUUUUUACGAACUGUGCCAUGUUGUUUGCAGUAGACAUAGAGCCUUAAUCUUGAUUACAAUCUAGAGUUUGCCCUUCCUUUUCGUCAUCUCAAUCAUGGGUUUGUCAAGUCCAGUAUUUAUACGCCACAGUCACAUUGCAGAAUGUGGCAUUAAAGAAACAUUUAAAGGUAUUAUUAUUUUAUAAUAAGAGUGGGAAGAAAUAGAUUUUUAUUGUGUAUGAAGGAGUAGGAUUGUCAGCCAGAGACUGCAAGUUAACUUGAUGUUCUAGGCACGUAGUCUCUGUCUAAUGAAACAGUAUUGAUACAUUACUAUUCCGAAUGGACGUGUUGAAAUUGUCUGGAUUAACAGUUGUCAGACAAUAAAGGCAAGAUACUUUAUGGUUGGUAGCGUCUGUAUUACGUGAUGUUUCCGUAGAAAUUCUAAACCAUUGUCAGGCAACUUCACUCUUGCUUGACACGGGUAUAAGAAUCGAUAAGAUAAAGAUGUCAUCUUGAUAGUAUCUUGCCUUUAUUCUUAUUACCAACUUCUAAAAUGCCAAUGACAAUUGUCUUGCUAAAUGAGUCCCUUCGUAUAUACACUGUAUAUAGAUAUGACUGUGUGACGUAACAAGGCUUCUCUAAUUAUAGGAUAAGUAACUGUUGACAUGUACAGAAAAUGUAAAUAAAUGUUGUGAAACAUUC